CGUUUCUCCACUAUCCAUCCCGCCCUCGUCAUUGUCCCCCUCCUCCUCUUCCUCCACCCUCCAUCUCCAUGAGCGGCCUCACGCGCGUGAACCAGCAGCGCUCGGCGCACUCCUCGCGCACCGGCACUCCGAGCGCCGGGCCGGGCUCAGGCUAUGGCCCCGGCUCGGGCUUGGCCGCCCCAUCCCCCGGCGCCGGCGGGCGCAGCUCGCCCUUCCCGCGCCCGGCGAGCGGCGCAUCCGGCGCGUCGCAGUACUCCGAGUCGCCGUACGGCGGGGGCAUGUCGUCGAUGAACGCGCGCGCGGGGCCGAGCUUCGGCGCGUACAGCGGCAGCGAGCUGGAGCAGCACAACGACGACCUCCUCAGCGGGCUGCUCGGCAAAGUCAGCACGCUCAAGGAUCUCACGAAGGGCAUCGGGAAGGAGGUGCGCGACGGCAACCUCGAGCUUGCGGGCAUGAACGACACGUUCGGGUCGACGGGAAACUUGCUCAGCGGGACGUUUAAGCGCAUGACCAAGAUGGCGAGGCGGCAGGGCUCGAACUGGUGCUACUUCAUGGGCUUUUUGACGCUCGUGCUCUGGAUCUUUAUUGUGGUGUGGUGGCUAAGGAGGUAGCGACGGCUCGCGGUGUAGGAGCGGAGAGAGCUGUGUCUAUGCAUAAUCCGGUGUGGUCCAUAACUGACGUCUAUCAUUCUGCACACUCGGCACGCAACUACGAGAAUGAAGAAAAGUGUGACAUGCUAUGCUCUACUUG